AUGUAACACCUCAGCUACCCUCCCGAUAAAAAAAUUUAGAAUUAUCAGUUCAGUUUCAGAGCCAAAUUGGGCAAAGGUGCUUAUGGCACUGUUUAUGCAGGAAGAAACACCUUUGAUAACAAAAUUGUUGCACUCAAAGUGAUUGACAAAAAGUUACUACUUACCGAUUACGCCAAUCAAUUAAUUGCCUCAGAAAUUGAAAUUAUGAAGAAGAUUAAUGAUUCGCAUGUUGUUAAACUCCUCGAUGUACUACAAAGUGCCAAUAAUACAUACAUCAUAACUGAGUAUUGCAAUGGAGGAGACCUAAGGGAAUUUAUCAAGAAUCGAAAGUACUGUAUUCAUACAUUUAGAGUUAUUCCAGAAGAUGAAGCUCUCAAGAUCAUGAAUGAUUUGUUAUUAGGAAUCAAAGCUCUACUUAAAAUUGGAAUCAUCCAUAGAGACAUCAAACCAGCCAACAUUCUCAUUCACGACAACCAAUUCAAAAUCACUGAUUUCGGCUUUGCCAAAUAAAUUGAUGCCAAUCUCGAUACCAUCAUGAAUUCCUUGGUUGGCACUCCAUUGUACAUGAGUCCUUAAAUCUUAAAACGAACUAAAUACUCUUCCAAGUGUGAUGUUUGGUCACUAGGACUAAUCCUAUAUGAGAUGCUUUAUGGCAUGACUCCUUGGCAUUCUCAAAACCUAGUCGAAUUAAUGAAUAAAUUGGAUUCAAAACCCUUGUCUUUUCCAGUGCACCCAUAAGUUUCAGAAAAUACAAAGAAACUCAUCAAAGGCUGUCUCCAGAUCAAUGAGGAGAAAAGAUGGAGUUGGGAAGAUCUAUUCAAUUCUGUUAACAUCAAUCUAAAAACAAUUGACAAUCAAUAGGAGUCUCCCACUUCAACAGUGAAAGAGGAUACUUAAAUUUCAACUCAAAGAGAAAAUCAAAAUUACAAUUAAUCGAAAUACUCCAUACAGAUGCUUAGAAUUAAAUAAAGAACUGAAUCAUUAUGUUAAUAAAUCAACAAACAUAAUAGAAGUCUUAGUAAUACCGCUUUUCUUACUAAUGAUGGAGCAAAACGAUAUGAAAAUAAAACACCAAUCAAUGAAAAAUAAAAAUAGAUUACUAGUUAUUUGGAUCUUAAAGAAAAACUAAAGCAAACUCAAGGGAAAGUAGAGAGAGAAAGAAGCAAUUCUUAAAACUCCAAAUUUCCCACUUAAAGAUCAGAGCUAAACAAUUAUUUGGAAAAAAUCCAUAACGUUCAACAAAAACUUAAUAGUAAUAAUGACUCAUGCAGAACUCCAAGUGCUUUGUAAUCACAUUCUACAAAUACUUCGAAUAAAUAAAACUAUGACUUAGAUUUAGUGAAAGUCUCAGAAUUCUAAUUAGAUGACAACAAAGGUUCUGAUUAUUUUACCAUGUUUAGAAAUCCAAAGACUGAAAGAGUUAAAAGAACUAAUAGUUUAAGUGGAAACUUUGGCUAUCAACAACAGCACUCUCCAUUUUAAGGCAAAUCUUCAAUUCAAUAACUAAUAAAGGCUUUGAGUAAUUAAUUGGAACUUAUUCCUAAUCAUGUGAAUUGCAAAGUUGAGAUAAAUACUAUGGUUAUUUUACAUAAAGAUUUAAUCAAUUAUACUCAAAAUAAACAAAUAUAUACAAACUAAGAUUUAAGGGAUCUCAAAUAACUCGUAAAUAAUCUGAUUUCCUAUUUAAAUUCUAAUUCAGGAGAACACUCCAGCAAAUAAUCCUAAGUUUUGUUGUUACUGUUGCUUACUUAUCACAAAGUCUUAAUAUUCAAUAUCAAAAAUAAAUCUUUAAACAUAGAUGUAUGUUUAAUAGAAUCAAUAAAAAAGAACAUCCAAAUUUAGUAGAAUUAGAUGAAUAUUGAGUCAAAAUUAAUAAGAGAGUAAAUACAUUAAUUAAUGUGA